AUGCAACUGAAUUUUUCAAAGAGUUUUAGAACAAUUAUUGCUCAUUAUAGUUGGAAAGGCAAGGACACGGUAGAGAGACUGCGCACCAAGAUGAUUGACCCCGCGAUCCGCCUACGGCGCGCCAUCCACGCCGGCGACGCCCUGCUCGUCGAGCGCAUCCUCAAAUCCCACCCGCACCUCCUCCACAACCCCGACAUCUCGGCCGCCGGGCUCUCCAACUCGAGCCUGCACCUGGCGGCCUCGCUCGGCCACCGCGCGACCUGCGAGGCGCUGCUCGCCGCCGGCCACGAGGACCCGACACCCGCCCUCAACGAGAACCACCAGACGGCGCUGAUGCUGGCCGCGGCCGCCGGCCACAGCGAGGUCGUGCACCUGCUGUGCGAGCGCGACGCUCGCUGCGUGCUGCGCCGCGACGCCCGCGGCCGCGACGCCGUCAUGGACGCCUGCGCCGGCGGCCACGACACCGUCCUGCAGCUGCUCCUGACGUACAGCCCCGGCGGGCCCGCCGACGCGGUCCAGCGCGCCGACGCCGAGGGCAACACGGCGCUGCACUUUGCAUGCGGCAGCGGGAGCCUGCUGUGCCUGCGGACGCUGCUCGCGGCGGGCGCCGACGUCGAGCGCCGCAACGUCUGGAACUGGACCCCCGCGGCGUACAGCGCGACUGUCCAGGCCGAGGCCUAUCUGAAGAGUCUGGUGUCGGAGGCGAGAAGACGGCAGAAAGCAGACGUUGAGAAGCAGCAGCAGCAGCAGACGUCCCCGCGGAAGAUGGGGCUCGGCAUGGUGAGAGUAGUGCCCGACGACAGCGACGAUGAUGAGUAA